AUGAGAUGGAGCUUUGGGGUGAGCUUACUUGUUGAGGACACGUUGAGACCAGCCUUCUUGAGAGCACGCACCAUAUGCUUCUCUGCCUUUUCAAAGUGCAUAGGGCAAUAUGAAGGGACGCUCGAUUUCAUUAAUGGCCUCCCGCAGAGUAUAGGUCCUGUGGCAGAACUGAAAAAUGCAAUGGCAAAAGAUAAAAUGGAAAAAAGAUAUCAAAUUUUGGCCGAAAGAGUUUUACAACUUAAGAGUAUGCAUAAUGCCCGCCAUGAAAGCAUUAGAUCUAAAUGCAACAUCUACAAGCAACAGGAGAAGAUAAAACAGGCUUUUACGCCAUGA